AUUUUCGUUCAAAUUUACCGCGUCAUUUUCAAACGCCAAGUUUUCUCGCAUCAUCGACAAAGUCGUCCUUUUUUUUUUUAUUUAUUUAUUUUUUUUUAUUUUGCGGUCAAGUGAAUAAAAUAAAAGACGGAAGAGAGAAAAUCUGCUAUCGUGAUCGCAUACUUAACGGAUUAACCAUCAUCUUUGGCGGACUCUGAGCAGCAGGUGGAACCAAACGACAAUUCUCAUCGGAUUUUUUUUUAUUAUCUUUCACGUGGACGUCUCUGGAAUCAUAGUGCGAUUAAAGAACGUCAUCCGACUUUGAAAGGGCCUCUCUCUCGCCCACACACACCCGUCUUAUUGUUUAAAAACAAUUCCACUCGGACAACCCCAUUGUCUUCUCUAAAAAAAAAAAAAAAAAAAAAUUCCUCCUUGAUUUUUUACACACCUGGGAUUGACGUCGUCGAUUCUGCCUGUUUGAAACGCCGUCAUGGAAACGGCCGCUAAUGCCGGAGCUGGCGGAGCAGCUGUAGCUCCGCCUAGAUUGGCGCCAGUUAGCGGCGUCCUCAGCCAGGGUCAAGGUGUGAUCAAACCGAUCGCUUGUCGGCCAAUUGUCUCGUCGGCGAACACGACACCCAUCCUGGGCAACCGCUGUCUUAAUAGCAGCAGCCAAUCGGUUGCCCAGCAACAACAAGCGGUGACGUCAUCGCCAGCCGGAGGUGCUGGCCUCAGUAAUAACACGACGACAAACAAUAACAACAUCAACAACAACAACAGCGGUCGUCAUUCUUGGGGUCUGUACAAUAGCACGUCCGAUUUGCGGUGCUCCGCCUUGUCGACCGGGCCGGCCCAGCAGCAGACGCCCACCUCCAGAGGGCAACCUCACUUGCAGCGUUUCUCUUGGAGUAAAGGACCGCACGUUGAACUGUCAGAAAUGGGCACGCUGUGCGCCCGGCCGGCAGCAGCAGCACAACAAACGGCAGCGCCGCCUUCCGUACAGCAACAGCGCAAGCCGGACACGUCCCUUAGCGGACGUGCUUGCGAUUCAUCGCCCAGUAUUCAACACCAAAAUAAAGCGACAGCUGGCAGUAUAACGAGCAUCAACAGCAUUAGCAGCACAGCAGCCGGCCAACAGGCACAGGUCGGACGUGUGGCGGAUUUGAGCCGUCGUUUCGGUGGUUCCUUAUCCAGCGUCGCCGCUCCGCCCAACUCGCCCACGCAGAUCCGUCAGCCGCCGGCGUAUCGGCCGCCGCCCUCUUCGUCGCGCUCCUCCAUCAAUAAAGGUAGCAGUGGCGUAUUAGGUGUGGCAGGUAACAAUAGCGCAGGAGUCACCUACAGCAGUUCCGAAUUGCAUUUGGAUCGAGUUUCAUCGUUGCAGCCGUUCAAUUGCGCAAGACCAGGUGUGCCCAAUGGAACCUCCACGCCACAAUGGGUCCUCGGCGGCUCUGAAAUGAACCUCAGCAGUUUGGCCAGAUCGACUUUGCCACGUCAUUCACAUCAACAACAACAAGACGCAGAGAACAGCGGACUGUUGGGUCUGAGCAAGAACAACAAAGGUGGACUUUUACUCAGCGCCUACGACCCGCUUCAUCAUCACUCAUCGGCCGGAAUCCAUCAUCACGGCUCCAUGAUGAGCUGCAAUGGCAGCCGGAGCAGCUGGGCCGGCUUGCCAUCCGUAUCUAAUAAUAACAACAACAACAAUAACAGCAGCAGUGGCAAAGGUUCGUCGCUCACCAACAGCACCAUGAGCAGCAACGGCAGCAGCACGACGUUGCUGUCGACGUCGUUCGAGCGUCGCGGAGAAACCGAUGGAGCUGUCACGCCUGUCGUCGAGGAAGGAAGAAUUCGUUCCAUCCUGGGAUCGAAUUGCGUCAUCAGCAGCUACGGAUUGCAAAGGAUGCGGAAGCAAUCGACGGGCUCCUCGCUGGACGAGGAUUUCGAUUGCUGCGAUGGAGGCGACAACUCGCAAGCGGACGAAACUCCGUCGCCAUCCGAUUCGGGCGUGGCCGAACUGGAAGUGCUACUCAAAGAGAAGGACUGCGAAAUCGCGCUGCUCAGGGAGACGCUGGAACAGAACGAGGCCGUCAUCUUCCAGGUGUACCAGGAGAAAGAGAAAAGUUGGGAGCGCGAACUCAAGAAAUUAAGAUCCAUCUAUGAGGAACGCAUGAGAGCUGCCCAACAGCAAUCAUCUCAAGCCGAACGUCAAUUACAGACUCAGGCGCAGCAAUGGCAGUCGGAUCGGAAACAGUUGAAACAGCAGGUGCAACAACUGAAGAGCCAGUUAGAGCAAGUGCAGUCGAGGUUAGACGAGACGUCAUGGACGCUUUGCCAAAAAAGCGGCGAGAUGGCCUUGCUCAAAUCUCAGCUGAAAGAAUCGCAAAACGAGCAGAGUCAACGGUGCCAGGAAAUGGCCAAAAUGCGAGCCCAGCUGAAGGAGUCUCAAGAGCUCGCGCACAAUACCAGACAAAGGCUGGAACAAAGCAUGACUCACCAAAAGCCAUUAGAUAACAGACGUAGUAUCACGUCGCCAAUCUUGUCCGCUCGCAAACUGAUUGGCGAAUCCGAACCGAACGGCACGUCCUCCACCAUGAGCAUGGCCGAAGUGCAGCGACUCCAGCGGCGAAUUAUUGAGCAACAGCAGAGCAUGGAAGCUGAACGACAGGUGUGGCACGAGGAGAAGGCCACCGUCUUGGUUUAUCAACGUCAUCUGCAACAGCAGUACGUCCAGGCCAUGAAGAGAAACCAACAGUUGGAAGAAGCGUUGGGUUUGUUGGGCAUCACGGGCGUCCCUUCUUCUAUGGGUCAACAACAACAAAAACAACCGCCCAUGUCGUCACCAAAAUCCAAUUGCAGUGAUCCCAUCACCAUCGAUCUGGAUUCGUCCAGCAACAGUAGCAGCACGGGCGAAACCCACUGCUGAGCUGUUUCCACUAUUGAGUGCUUAUAAACCCCCUUCAACCGUCAAUAUUAAUCGAAUAUAAACUAAUACGUUAUUUUAAAAUCAAUAAUCCCAACCACCAUCCUGCACCCGAGAGCCAAGCUUAACUGUAACCAUUUAUCGUUUAAGGUAUACUGUAUCAUAUAAUACAUAAGAAAUAUCCUUAUAACUUUGUAUUAACCAUUUCGGGUCUAUAUAUGUAAUCAAUGGAUAAACUAAAGUAUUCGACAGCUCCUAUUAUAGCACCCAGUUUUAUCUUUAAUUAAACAUACAUUGUAACGACACACACGCAAAGCUGUUCUGUCGUAAGUGAAGAGACGGUGAUAUUUAAACAUGUAUACUUUGUACCCCCCCCCCCCCCCCCAUUUGGCGGACGUAAUUUUUUACCGGAAGAACGGCCGAUUAUUAUUCCGUUCUAUUUCCUUUUUAAACUAUUAGCCUACACAUUAUGCCAAGUACUGUUUCGAUUCUUUCUUUUACGCUAUACCAAGUUUGUAUUGCAUUUUUUUUGUUUGACAACCCUAUGUCAUGUGUAAAAUAUAGCGAACGUUAACCAGUUGAUUUCCAAAAGGAUAGAUAGCAGAUGAAAGAAAAAAAAUGUAUAUUUCUUACUUUUUGUUUUCUCAACGGACAUUGGAAAAAUGAAAAUGGACCUUGUAUUUUGUGUCCCACCAGCUUUACGUGACAAAUAAACGGAUAUGCGUGACAUCCUUUAGCAGAAUAA